GCCGGGUUGCCAUGUGGGGGAAUGGAUGGAGUACAGGGGGCAGAGAGCCCGCCCCAAGUGGUACCAGGACAUGACUGGCACAUCCCCAGGUCACAGGAGAUGCUCUGCACAGCUCCAGCAGUCAUCAAAUACUGCUGUCCCCCAGCAGCCUCCCAAGGCAUAACACACAGGCCCCUAACUCUCCAGCCCCUCACAUACCUUCCAGUCUGCCAUAUUCACUCACACGCACCCUCAUGGAAACACCCUACUCACCCUCAAACACACUUCCCUUACACACACACACACUCUCCCACAUUUGCAAUGCACCCUCACUACAUAUUCACACACUCAAACCGCCACAUCCCCAAACCAGCUCCACACCCACACCCUCAAUCUACCAAUCUUCCAGCACGUGUACUCUCUCAACACAUCCAUCCACAAAUACACACUCAAGCACCCUCACCCACAAAGAUACACCCUCACAGACACCCACACACCUAUCCAUCCAGGCCCAGAACACUCCCUAUUCCCCACGCUUUUACCCUGCCCCCCAAACAAACUAUAAGUUACAAAACAGUAAGAACCGUGCCGCUUUUGCGCACCAUUAUAUCCUCAGCACCUAGCAGAGUAUCAAGCAUGUAUUACACAAUAAAUAUUUGUGGAAUGAUUAAUAAAAACCCCCACAUUAUUUACCUUUACCCACAGGACCCCCCCAACCUGCAGAAGCCCCCUAACACACAGAACUCCCAUAUGCUAACCUCACGUUCCCACAGCUCAACACAUAUCCUCCAUAAUACACAUUCCCACAGCCCAACAUGCACAUGCCUCCAACACAAAUCAACAUUCAAAAUCCAUCAAUGCCUAACACACAUCAACAUAAAACACACACCAACACACAUAUCCACAUGUCAACUACAAAUCCAACAUAAUACUCAUACUACUUACAGCAGUUACAUGACUUCUGUUCUCACCAAACCAAACUCAAAACAUACAAAGUUCUGACACACUUAUACACACAU